AUGGCAGGAUGUCAAUCCAUGAAGUCACUCUUUGACUACACUGCCGGUCGAUGGCUACACCUUGACAGCCCGCAGCGUGAAGCACGGUAUCUACAGUUCAAUUUUGACCGCCUGUGUGAAAAAGUCCUCUCUCUGUGUCCUUCUGCCACUUCAAUACAGAGCUGUCAGAAACUGGAGGGUGGCUUCAGUAGAGCAUUCAUUAUUACAACUGAUAAUGGGAGAUGUGUUGUUGCAAAGAUUCCAACAUCUGUUGCUGGACCAGCUAGAUUUAUCACAAACUCCGAAGUUGCAACAAUUACUUAUUUGCAACAGAAUGCCGAAAUACCAAUUCCAACCAUCUUGGACUGGAGUGACGACCUGGCCAACCCCAUUGGCUCAGCAUACAUUAUAAUGGAACAUGCCGGCGGCGUUCCACUGCAUCAAAUGUGGCCGAAGAUGUCCUUUCCGCAGAAAAUGAAUUGCAUUAGAUCAAUUUCCACAAAUAUUAUGAAGAUGUCUGAACUUGACUUUCCAGGAUAUGGCAGUCUUUAUUUUGCCGAUGCAGUGUUUCUUGAUACUGGUUUGAAGCAAAAGCUAGAUGACUAUAAGUACUGCAUUGGGCCGAGUUGCAGAAACACAUACUGGGAUUGCAAUGUUGGAGAGCCCAGAUACUAUGCAUUUAAGGGACCUAAUAGGGGACCAUGGCGUGACCUUCUUUCAUACUCCUCUGCCCUAAUUGAUGUCGGCCUUGCGAGACUGCCCCCCGCCGAUGAUCCUGUUCCUCAUCAGCAACCGUCUUAUCAAGGCGCUGUGAGCGAGCAUCUGGAACUUUUGGGUCUGGGCCAGGCCCUGUUUCCCAAAUUGAUACAACACCCUCUGAUACAAUCUAAUGCGGCGCCAACCCUAUUCCAUCCUGACCUUCAUAAGAGAAAUAUUUUUGUCUCCGAGGAUGAUCCCACUGUUGUGACAGGUUUUAUUGAUUGGCAAUCCACAUGUAUUGAGCCAGCAUUCUACUAUGCAGAUGACGUACCUGAUUUCGCGAAGCCCCCUGUGGAUGAAACAUCAGAGGGCACUGAGGAGAGUCUCUGCAGUCAGGCUUUUGAAGCAGGCUUAGGGCUUCUGGCUCCGCGGCUAGCGGCGGUAAGAAAGAUUGACGAAAUCCUCCUCCGACCAUUCCGCUACUGUCAUCGGACCUGGAAAGAUGGUGUGGUGCCAUUUACUCAUGAAUUGAUGCAGCUGAGGGACCAUUGGCAAGACUUCGGCUUUAAAGAAGGUUGUCCUAUACCUGUCUUGGGCUCUGAGGAAGUGCGCAUUUACCAGGAACGACUAGAUAUCUAUGACAAGAUGUUGGCUGUCAGACAGGAUAUUGUUGAGACGUUGGGAGUUGAGCAGGAUGGCUGGAUCCCUGAAGAUCGCUGGGAGGAAGUGAAGGAAGCUCACCAACGUAUAUAUGAGGCUGUUUUGGCGGCCAUGGAGAGUGAGAAGGACCGCCAAGAUAUGAAGAUGAUGUGGCCGUUUGAUGGAGUUAAAGCAUGA